GUUUGUUAAAGCCUCCGUCAGUCCCUCAGUCAGUUCAGCUGCUAACACUGACUGAGAACACAUGUUAAAUAUAGAGCCGACUCACUCCUGACCAGGAACAACCAGGCUGGACACAGAAGAGGAAGAAGAACUGGUUUUAUUUAUUUAUUUAAUCUCUCUCUCUCUCCUCAGAGGACGAAGAUCCACGCCGCUCUGUUACCUCCAACUCUGGCAAGAGAAGAAGAAAAGUGUAGAAGAAGAAACCAAAGAGGAAGGUUAAAGAGAAGAAGACGUCUCAGUGAUGUUGUGAGGACUGGACUCACUUCUGGGAUUGGACAGCUGUGACACCUCCGACCUGCUGAGACACAGGUAGAAAAUGCGAUCGAGGAACUGCACCAUGGAGGGUCCAGAUGACGGACACAUCCAGCCCACUAAAGGCUUCAUCAAGGAGGAAGAGGAGAACACACCGGAGCUCACGAAGAGGAAGAUGAAGGUCCAGCGGGAGGAGAAGGACGGGAGGACGGCGAAACCUCAGAGCAGGAAGACGGCGGCGCCGCUGGAUCUGUCAAAGACGGACCUGAUGCAGCUGCUGGGAAUCAUGGAAGGAGAAGUUCAGGCCAGAGAGGACAUCAUCGGCCUGCUGAAGUCGGACCGAACCAAACCGGAGACUCUGGAGGCCCACUACGCCUCCGCCUUCCCCACUAAACCCCUUCAGGCCCUGCAGAGAGACGGACAGCUCACACUCAGACACAACAGCACCGACGACGUCUACGAGAAACCCAUGGCCGAGUUGGACCGUCUGGAGGACAAACAGAAGGAGACGUACAGACGGAUGUUGGAGCAGCUGCUGCUGGCCGAGAAAUGUCACCGCCGCACCGUCAUGGACCUGGACAACGAGAAACGCAAACACACCGACUUCAUGAACAAGAGCGACGACUUCACCGACCUGCUGGAGCAGGAGAGGGAGAGACUCAAACGUCUGUUGGAGCAGGAGAAGGCCUACCAGGCUCGUAAGGACAAGGACCACAGCAGGAGGCUGGAGAAGGUCCGAGCGGAGCUGGUUAAACUCAAGUCCUUCGCCCUGAUGUUGGUGGACGAGCGGCAGCUGCACAUCGAGCAGAUCGACCAGCAGAGCCAGAAGGUCCAGGACCUCACUCAGAAGCUGCAGGAGAAAGAGCAGCGCUUGGCGGCGGUCGCCGACACCGCCAAGGAGGACGGCCAGAAGGUCCUCAAGCUGGAGGCCGAGCUGGAGCACAGAGCGGCAAAGUUCACGCAGGAGCACGAGGAGAUGACGGCCAAACUGGCCAACGAGGAGUCCCAGAGCCGGCAGCUCAGGCUGAAGCUGGCCGGGUUGGCGCAGAAGAUCGAAGAGCUGGAGGAGAGCAACAAGCUGCUGCAGAAAUCAGAGGAAGACCUGCAGGAGCUGAGGGAGAAGAUCAGCAAAGGGGAGUGCGGGGAUUCGUCUCUCAUGACCGAGCUGGAGAAUCUGAGGAAGAGAGUGCUGGAGAUGGAGGGCAAAGACGAGGAGAUAACCAAGACGGAGACUCAAUGCAGGGAGCUGAGGAAGAAGCUGCAGGGUGAGGAGAACCACAGCAAGGAGCUGAGGCUGGAGGUGGACAAACUGCAGAAGAGGAUGGUUGAACUGGAGAAACUGGAGGGGGCGUUCAGUCGCAGCAAAAUGGAGUGCUCUCAGCUUCACAUGAACCUGGAGAAGGAGAAACGCGUGGUGAAGGAUCUGGCCGGCGAGCUGGAGACGGUGAAAACUCGGGUGAGAGAACUCGAGGGAUCGGAGUCAAAGUUUGAAAAGGCGGAGAUGGUCCUGAAAGACGACCUGAUGAAGCUGAAGUCCUUCACGGUUAUUCUGGUGGACGAGAGGAAAAACAUGGCGGAGAGACUGAAACAGGAAGAGCAGAAAAGUGAUGAUUUGAGUAAGAUGUUCAAAGCGGAGCAGGGCAAGGUCACGGAGGUCACGGAGAAGCUGAUCGAGGAGAGCAAAAAACUCCUCAAAUUCAAAUCGGAAAUGGAGAUCAAAGUGUCGACGAUCGCUAAAGAGAAAGACGAGUUAAAGUCUAAACUUGCAAGUGAAGAGGAGAAGUGUCGGGAGCUGAAUACCAAGCUGGGCGGGAUGAAAAUAAGAAUGGACGGACUUGAGGAGACGGAGAGGGAAAUCCAGAGGAAGUGGUCAAACAGAAAUCCAGAUGAAGACAACAAAGUAAAAGAGCUCGCGCUAGAAAUAGAAAGACUUAAGAGCCGGCUGAAACAGCUGGAGGUGGUGGAAGGAGAUUUAAUGAAAACAGAGGACGAGUACGAUCUGCUGGAGAAGAAGUUCAGAACGGAGCAGGACAGGGCGAACACUCUCUCUAAGCUGCUGGACGAGAUGAAGAGUCAGAUCGCCAGGAACAAAGCCAUAGAGAAAGGCGAGGUCACGAAUCCGGAGGCGGAACUCAGAGCUCGCUGCAAGACGGAGGAGGCGAGAACCAGAGAGCUGCAGGCGGACGUCCAGGCCCUGAAGGAGAAGAUCCACGAGCUGAUGAGCAAGGAGGACCAGCUCUCCCAGCUGCAGGUGGAUUACUCUGUCCUCCAGCAGAGGUUCAUGGAAGAGGAGGAGAAGAAGAUGAGCAUGAGUCACGACUUUGCGAACCUCACCAAGGAGCUGGAAUCCACCAAGAGAUACAGUCGCGCUGUGAGGCCCAGUAUGAACGGGAAGAGGAUGGUCAACGUCCCGGUUACCUCCACAGCGGUGCAGACGGACGUGGUGGCCAGUGAGACGGCCGAGGACGAGACGGCGGCGGGCUUCAUCCUCAAAUCGGUCCUCGAGGAGAACCAAAUAAUGAGCAACCUCAGACAACGGGGGCUUAAAAAGCCGGCGGUUCUUGAACGCUACCCUCCUGCCUCAGCAGAACUCGGCCCAAAGAAAUCCUGGAUACCCUGGAUGAAAAAGAAGGACGCCAUCACGAUCACUCAGAGCGCUCCUGAUAAGACCAACAGGGCGUCCUUGCUCCAUCCGCCCGAGAUGACCAGGCCGGGUCAGCCGCUGCACAUCCGGGUGACGCCAGAUCACGAGAACAGCACCGCCACCUUGGAGAUCACCAGCCCUCGAGCCGAGGAUUUCUUCUCCAGCACCACCAUCAUCCCGACUCUCGGACUGCAGAAACCUCGCAUCACCAUCGUGCCGAAGCCCACGACCGUGGCGUCGAAGAGCAAAACCUGUGAACUGGAUCGAGCCAAAUCCCCCGUCACGAUAACCACCAUCUCCAGGGCCAAGAGUCCGGACAAGACCAACGGCUCUGACCGCCUCCGGUCGCCGGUGUCCAUCAUCACGGUCAGCACCACCCCCGUGGCUGAAGUCUGUGCUUCACCCGAGCCUCACGACAUCACCGCAACCCGCACGGUGAUCAAGGUGACCCCGGAGAAGCAACCGGCGCCUUUCAGGAAGUACAACGGCAACAUCAUCACAACAGAAGACAACAAGAUCCACAUCCACCUGGGUCCACAGUUCAAGAGGCCCUCUGAGGGCUGUGCUGGUUCGGUGUUGACGCUCAGGAGCUCAGAGAGCAGCAAGGAAGUGUCAACGGGAACGGUGCUGCGCUCGCCACGCCAUCAAGCCUCGACGGCGAAGACGACUCAGAGCAAAAUGACGAGCAGCAUAACGAUCACGCCCAUCACGUCGGCGUCCUCCAGGCCGACGCAGUCAGUGCCCGGUUCGGAUGUGCAGUCAGCUCGGAGCGCCGCCGCCGCCACGCGGAUCCCAAUGUCAAAAGGUAUGAAACCGAGCAGCAAGGCGGCGAUUCUGGGCGUGUCCACGGUGACGAGGUUAGAGUCGCGGGGCGAGAGCCAGUUGAUGAAAAUCGAGCUGAGGAAGUCGAUGACGGUAUGCGGCUCGGCCUCGGCCUUGGCCUCGGCGGGAGGCAAGAGCUGAGGGAGCACGCUGCCAUGGCAACAACGAAUCUGAUGCCAAAUAUGAGUUACGGGCCUCAUCAAACAGGACUGUGUGUGAUGUCGCCUCUCUCACUACGGCUUAUAGCUUUACAAGCACAACACAUGUUUUCAGGAAACAUUUGAUGUCCUUUCAUGUUAUUUUUGAUUCUCACUGAAGCGUCUCUGUGCACGUCUGAGUGAUUAACUUCGUGUUGGUGAUAGUUUUGGCAGCAGCUCGUGUGUUUAUUUCACCGCCGCGCCUCCGGAGCACUGUGAAAUGUUUGUUACCGUAUGGCCUGUCAUCAUUUGUGUCAUCAGGCACCAAAAUAAAAAUCUAUUUAUCUCUGAAACACGUAUGGCAUCGCUUCGUAGCAUUCAUUUGUUUAUGGUGUGUAUGUGAGCUCCAAAUGUUAACCCAUGCUGCUAAACAAACAAAGCACAACUCAACAGCAAUAAAAACUCAUUUUCAGAGCUGAAAUGUGUGUCAUACUGUCCAGCAUUGAGUUCGUACAUAAAUCUUAAUAAAUGUUGACUGGAUAGACUUUA